CUUCUCAUCGUCGUCGCGACUCGACUCCGAAAUUCCAGCCUCGUUCGGAUCCGCCUCUUUUCCGCCGUAAAGUUCGGUUUUUUCGCCUAAUUUCAGCCCCGUUUUCCGUUUCCGCGACCCAUUGCCGGCCCGCCGGACGUUUCGGCCACCGUUUCCCGCCCGGGAAGGUGCUCGUUUUCGCGAAAACCGACGGAAAUGUGACCAUCCGUGGUGGAGCCGUUUCCUUCUUUUUUUUUGUUUGUCUAAGCUGUCACUUUGUUGUUGUUUGUGUUUUUGCGGUCGUCGGUUUUGUGUCUUGUUUUUGUUCGAGUCGCGGUUUUCGUGGUGGGAAGCAGUUGGGGAAGGAAUCCGGCGGCUGCGGGGAAGCAGAUUGACAGGCCAGGAGGAUUGACCUUUCGGGCAAAUUCUGCUAGUUCUGCGGAGAGGACUGCGUGGAAUUCGGAGCAGGAAUUUUGCGAACGCAGCAGGAAUCGAGACGAUGUGGAAGUGUCACAAGUGCGGCAAGCCCGUGUUUUUCGCUGAGCGAAAACAAUCGCUGGGCUACGACUGGCACCCGGAAUGUCUGCGCUGCGAGGAGUGCGGAAAGCGGCUCAACCCGGGACAACAUGCCGAACACAAAGGCGUCCCCUACUGCCACGUGCCUUGCUACGGCGCCCUGUUCGGGCCCCAGCUCUUCGGGCACGGAACGCGCGUCGAGUCGCACAAAAGCUUCGGCGCGCCGGAGCUCAAAAAGCAAACCCCCAUCCGGUCCCCGUCGGGCGGGGCCGGCACCGUUGGACCCCAGAUCCCGCGGGCCCACCUGGAGUCCAAACUGCGCGCCUACAACCAGUUCCACGACAGCAAAAGUGCCGAGGUGCGAAGUCGCGAGGUCAACGGGCGGCUGGUGCUGGAGGGUGCGCUGCGCAUUUACUGGGGCGUUCAGGGCAUUAUCCAUUUGAAGGAGGACGACGAUCAGCGGACGGUGGUGACGGUGCGGAAGCGGAAUUCGUACCGGUUUAGCGCGAGUUCGAUGGCGCAGCAGGAGUUGGACGACCAGGAGGACAAGGAGAAUCUCAACCCGGACCGGAGCGAUCCGAUGAGUUCGAGCUUGACGGAGGGCGGUGACCAGAACGAUACGACGACCAUUUCGGAGAGCAUUUCGUACGACACGUUGAGCAUUUCGUCGGAUUUGAACUCGAUCAGCUCGUCGAAGCCGAACUCGGGGGAGAACUCGAAGGAGGUGUCGCCGAGUCACGUCGUGGGCAACGGGACAAACAAGUACGUUACGUUGCCGCCGAAGCUGGACGUGAAGCAGCUCGAGUGGGACGAGAUUGACGAUCUGCUGCAGGUCGAGCGGAAGGUCGACGAGACGGAGAAACCUUACAGGACGAUGCCUUCGCCGCUGCACUCGGCCAAACAGGCGUCGGCGUCGGAUCACAGCGAAAUUACGGAGAGUGUCACCGACACCGACUACAAGACGCUUACGCCGCACAGCAACUCGUCCUCAUCGGACAGCAAUAAGACGAGUGCCACGACGACCACGCUGAACGGGACCGAGGAGGACUUUCGGACGCCGGAGGGAACGCUGCGGUCGCACGACUUUGACGCGUUCAAGAUGCAGAUGAGUCAGGAGUUUAUCGACGGGGCGGCGGAUUUGGGUAGUACGGAUGGGACGCUGAAGCUGAACCAGCCGAUCGAUCCGGCGAGGAUCAACGACUCGUUGAAGCUGUACAACGAUUCGGUGAUGAACCGGAGUCUGUCGGAGGAGCAGUGCCGGAAUGCUGGGGUGUUUUCGCUGCCGCAGGGGAAUAUUACGGAUUCAUUCCACGUGGAAAAUGACGGCACGCUCAAACAUCCGGACAACAUCUCGUCUCCAGCAAAAUCUCGAAUUCUCAACGGAGUUGCGUCCCCAGCCAACGGUCGCACCCAGAUCGCGUACCAGCGGCACCAGUCGGACUCCGCCUCGAUAACCUCGCCCGGAACCGACACCGACACGUGGACCGGCGAUCGCGGCCUGCUGCGGUCCAAGUCCCAGGGCAACGCCUACUCCGGCAACAGCUUCAUGGACAGCGAGGACGAGGGCACGGAAACGCUGAAGGCGUCCGGCCGACCCCAAACCUCGAUCCACAUCAAGAUGGACUGUUACGACGAGCUCAACGGCGUCGGUUCCGCCGCGGUCGUGGUCAGUCCCACGGACGAAAGCAUAACGACGGCCAGUCUGACGGAGGUCACCAGCACGGCGAUGACGGCGUCCACCACGGUCACCACGACCACGACCGAGGACGACGGGGUGGUGCUGCGGAAGGCGCCCAAAACGGGCUCGACCGCGAUCAAGCGCCGGUCCGGCAAUCGACGCUCGCGGACCAAGCUGAAGCGGCGCUGCUCGAUCAACGGGCACUUUUACAACCGGGAAACGUCGUUCUUCACGCCACCGCACGGCUCGCAGAUGAACGUGUGGGUGUCCUCGAUGGUCAAUACUCAGGAGGUGAUACAACUGCUGCUGGAAAAGUACAAGGUCGAAAGCCGGGCGGAGAACUUUGCCCUGUUUGUGAUCAAGGACAACGGGGAGCAGCGCAAGCUGAAGGAGGACGAUUACCCGCUGGUGACGCGGAUCAUCCUGGGGCCGCACGAGGAUAUCGCCAAGCUGUUCCUGAUGGAUGGGCAGCAGACGCCGGAAAUUAGUAGCGAGGUGGCGCAGUUUCUCAACCUGUCGAUACCGGAGUGCCGAGCGAUUCUCGAGCGGUACCACGAGGAGGAGCAGCGGGAGCUGCUCCGGAUAAGGACGAAAUACGCGGAGCUCAAGCGACGGAUCGUCCAGCGGAUGGAAUCGCUCAAGGUGAGGCUGUAAAACGAUGCAAGCAUCGUUGAGAGCCAUCCCGUUCAAAGUCGACUCGUGAACCACAACAACAACAAUCAGAAUUUAAUCAGAAUUUCGUUAACAUUUAAGCAAAAUGUUUACCCGCUUCUCUAGCUUUUUUGGCGCGCAAGCGAAAGCGAAACUCUCGGACGAUCUAAUCAUUUCAGCUAGUGGAAAAGCGUUAGAGUUUAAGUAAAAGAAGAAGUUAAAAAAAACAAGUUAAUCAAUUAUUUAACCAACCAAUCAUCUACACACACAAGUAUAUCAAGCUCUAAAAUAAUAUAUUUACGAACUUUUAUUUUUUAGAAUUUUAGUGAGGAAAAAUUGUUUCUAGCAUUCAACUAGUUGCGAUUUGAAUUUUAACACUUUUGUUUUGCAUUUUAUUUUUGAGUUUUAGGCUCUUCAAAUUUGUUUUGAGGAAAAAGAUAGAAAUAAACCGAAUAGUUAAAACGCAAUUUGUGUACGUAAUUCAAUUUAAAAUUCGUAUUGAGUAGAGAGAAGUCAUUUCGUUCAAUCAGUCAUAUCAGUUAGGAUUGUGUUGAGCUUUUGUAAAGAAAACAAAAAUAAGAAUCAGGAAAGGGAGUAACAAGGAAAGCUUUAACUCAUGUGCGGUUAAAUAAAAUAUUGUUAGAAAUUAUCUGGCAGCAGCAGCAGCAACAGCAAUCCUCAGACACCACAAUUAAUAAAACAAUAAACUUUACAUUUGUAAGUAAAUCGCACAAUACACACGGCGACGGCGUGCCCGGAACAAAUUAAAAACAACUAAACUCAACUAAAAACCACACACAAAUCGCUCAACGUUCAGUUCCCAGCGAAAAAGAAAAGAGUAACAGACUAUUAAAAAAUCAAAUCAGCAUGUAACCAUCUUCUUCAUUUCAUACACCGUAAAUUAAACGGCCGGAAAAGUGAACCCAAUUGAAUCAUAACGAGAAGCAAUGUGGGAGACUGAACGAACAACGGCAGCAGCAGCAGCA